UCAGAAGGGUGUGUUUUCUGUACCACUGCAGCAUCAGUGCAAAAAACGACAGGAGGAAAAGGCACGAGUCGGUGGACUGGACCGAGAAACAAUACAGAGCUAGAAGAAGAGCCACGGAGAGGAGCCUGAGAGGAGGAGACACAUCAAGAGGAGACACCUGCAGAGCCAGCUCCUGAAGAAGCGUUUGUGGAGCUGACGGAGCGAGGAGCGAGCCUCACUCACAGUUGGGCUGUAAAGGAAACAGACACACCCACCAACUUACUGCUGUUUACUCCUCUCAGCUCUCCCUCAGCUCCGGGCGGUCCCUGGAGUGUGUGUCUGCCUUGGUGUGCGUGGGUGUGUGUGUGUGUUUCUUUAUGUGUUGAUGAGUGUGUGGGUGUCUUGCAUCACUUUUGAUGGGACAUUGAAAGAUGUGUGUGUCACAGAGUCGGUGGAUGGGCUGUAGGGGGAUGUGCUCCCCCGCCCUCCCGCUGCUCCUCCUCCUCCUGCUCCCUCUGUCCUUCCUCUCCUCCACGCCUCCGUUUGCUCAGGGAGCCAUCCACAUCCCCGAAAGCUAUACAAAAGACAACAUAUUUCAGCCUCCAGUGCUGACAGAGAUGCCAAAAUCACACACAGUGUUUUCUCUAGAAGACUUCAAUCUGGCCUGUGAGGCCACCGGGAACCCGGCACCCAUAUUCCGUUGGCUGAAAGAUGGCGAGUUGUUCGGAUCUGAGACUGAAGGAUCCGGAACGCUGAGAGGCGACAAUUCUUCCCUGGAUAUGUUAGAGGGUGAAUACCGCUGCUACGCCUCCAACAGUCUGGGCACCGCCAUGACACAAACCGUCAAAGUCAACGUAGAGCCUCAGCCAAUUCUCAUGAAACAACAAGUGGAGCGUGAGCGAGGACUCGUGGGACAGAGUAUGGUCCUGUCCUGCAACCCUCCAAAAAGCUCGCCUCCUCCCAGCAUCCACUGGAUGAACAUAAAUUUGAUGCACAUUACUCGGAGUGAGAGAGUGACGAUCGGCCUGGACGGGAAGCUGUACUUCGCGAACCUCGUGAAGAGUGACAGCAAAGAGGACUACAUCUGCCACGCCCAGUACAGAGAGGCCAGGACUAUUCUACCUGCCACUGCUGUCUCCCUCUCUGUCAAGCAGAGUAACAGCGUGGCUCAUGGAGGAAAACCCGAGUUCUUCCACCACAGGAACCACUCCCAAAUAUCAGCCCUCAAGGGGAACAGCGUCACCCUGGAAUGUUUACCCAGAGGCCUACCCACACCUCAGGUGGAAUGGAAGAAAAAGGAUGGUGUCCUGGCAGACACAACCGGCCAAGUUAUUAACUUUGACCGCUGGCUCCACUUCGACAACAUCACCCUGGAUGACGACGGCGAGUACGAAUGCAAAGCCUCCAACACCCACAGCUCCAUCACGCGCUCCUUCACGGUCACUGUGGAAGCGGCUCCUUACUGGAUGAAGGAGCCUCAGAACCUGAUGUACACUCCCGGGGAAACAGUCCGACUGGACUGUCAGGCGGACGGCAUCCCGAGGCCCAGCAUCACCUGGAGGAUCAACGGUCAGCUGUUAACAGAAGUGGAUGAAGAACCUCGGCGCACGGUGACCGCAGGAACGCUCAUAAUGAAAGACGUGAACAUUGGCGACACGGCCGUGUACCAGUGUGAAGCCAAAAACGACCACGGCUCCAUCCUCCUCAACACCUACCUCUACGUCGUCGAGCUCCCCCCUCAGAUCCUGUCCCCUGAUGGGUUCAUCUACAACGCCACCAAGGGCCGAGACGUCGCACUGCACUGUGAGUCUUUUGGCUCGCCACGACCCCGCGUCACAUGGGACCGGGAGGACACGGGUGCUCUGCUGUCGGACCCUCUGCUGUAUCCUCGUGUCUCCAUUCUGACCAACGGGACCCUCAAGCUGUCCGACGUCAGCCACAACGACAGCGGCGAGUACAUCUGCUCCGUACAAAACACCAACAUCUCCAUCACGGCCAAGCUGGACGUCUUCCGUCCAAGUGAGAUACUGACGCCCCCCCAGGAUGUUCGCGUUGUCCAGGGAAAGAGCGCUUUCCUGGACUGUGACGUCGACACCGAUCCUCGGCUGAGGGAUUACCAGGUUGUCUGGAAGAAAGCGAAUCGGAAACUAGAAGAGACAUCAGUAGAUGACAAGUACACCUUCUUCAAGAACAACACGCUGAAAGUGACAGACGUCCAAUUAAAUGACAGCACGGAGUAUUCCUGUGAGGUCAUCACUAAAGUGGACAACGUGAUUGCACAGGGCUCCAUCACUGUCAUAGCAAAACCGGACCCUCCCAGUGGUCUGACUCUGUCUAAUGCUGAGGGGGUCAGUGUGACUCUCAGCUGGAGCCCAGGACUCUCCCACAACAGCCCCAUCACAGAGUUCAUCAUACAGGCUCGGGAGGAGUACCACACGGAGGAGAGGAAGUGGACAUGGGAGGAAAUGAAGAAAGUGCCAGGCGACUUCAACCACGUGGAGCUGACCCUCCAUCCAUUCUCCACCUACCGAUUCCGGGUCAUCGCCAUCAAUGAGGUUGGCAGGAGCAGACACAGCAACUCCUCAGACCACUACAGCACGCCACCUGAUGUUCCCUCCAUCAACCCUACAGGAGUGCGCAGUAACUCCUCAGAACCAGGGACACUGAUCAUCACGUGGGAUGAGAUAGACAAGCGUUUCCAUAACGGCCAGAACUUCCAGUACGAGGUGCUGUGGAGGGAGGCCGAUGGGUCAAAUGUAAACUGGAACUCCGGCCGUGUGAGGUCUCCACCGUUCAUAGUGAACAACACAGGAACGUACACACCGUUUGAGAUCAAAGUCCGAUCUGUCAACGCUCUCGGAGGAGGACCGGAACCAAAGUCGGAGAGCGGGCACUCCGGAGAGGACAAGCCAGAGGAAGCGCCGACUGGAGUUUCAACCACCGUGAUGAACAGCACCAUCAGAGUGAGCUGGAACAAAGCCAAGAGGGUCCGAGGUUGGCUGCUGGGAUACAGGAUCUACUAUAAGAGGCUGGCUCCCAAGGCCGAACGGAGCCGGAGGUCUCUCAGACAAUCCCAACAUGAGGAGGACAGAGGAGAAAGAUCUAAACAAUUGAGUGAGACAGACGAGCACAGCUGGCAGGUGGAGGAGGUUGACCAUAGCAAGACCUCAGCGGAGGUGACGGGACUGCGACUGUUUUCUGAGUAUGAGCUGACGGUCACUGCGUUUAACAGCAAAGGGGAGAGUCCUCGCUCCCCGCCGCACCACUUCCACACGCCGGAGGGAGUUCCUGGUCCUCCUGCAACUCUGGAGUUUGAAAGCCCGACAGAAAAAUCCCUGAUUCUCUCCUGGAGCCCUCCAGCUGAGACCAACGGCAUUCUGCUGGGAUACAUAGUGCAGUACCAACGGGAGGUGGAAAGCAAAGACAGUCCUGUGGAGAUACUGAAUGUCAAUGAUCCCACAGUAAAGCACAUCACGCUGGACAACCUGGACCCCGACAGCCAUUACAUCUUCAAAGUAACAGCAUGCACAAAGAUUGGACAAGGCCCUCCCAUCACACGCAGGGGAGCCACCCUGCUUGAUGGAGAGCCUCCGAGAAACAUCACAGUAACCUCUGGUAACGCAUCAGUCCACCUGAGCUGGGUGCCCGGAGAGAGAAACCGAAACCACGGCUUCCACAUCCAAUACCUCAAGAAGAGCGGAGGCGGUGGGUGGGAGAAGUCAGAACAGGUCAACACUACGCAGGGUUUCUAUAUGCUGACGGGCCUCCAACCAGGAGCUCAGUACCACCUGAGGGUCAUGCAUGGAAACUCCACUUAUUGGCAAGGCGAGGCAAAGACCGUGGAACCAUUGCCGUCAGAGAUAACCGGCAGGUUCGCCACCCAAGGCUGGCUGAUUGGACUCAUCAGCGCCAUCGUGCUGCUGGUUCUCAUACUGCUCAUCCUCUGCCUUAUCAAACGCAGCAAGGGCGGCAAAUAUGCAGUGAAGGACAAAGAAAGUAAGGAGGUGGACUCUGAAGCUCGACCAAUGAAAGAUGAAGCCUUUGGAGAAUACAGAUCCCUGGAGAGCGAUGGCGAUGAGAAGCGCUCGGACAGCCAGCAGUCUCUGGAGGAAAGUAAGAUGGGCAGCGUCGACUCUCUGGCUGAAUACGGGGACAGCGUGGACAUCCAGUUCAACGAGGACGGCUCCUUCAUCGGCCAGUACAGCGGCCGGGCAUCUGUUCCCCACGGCAACGAGAGCUCGGGCCCCGCCUCCCCCGUUAAUGCAGUCCCACCUCCCCCCGUCGCUCCCUCCAUGUCGAGCAUCCUAAAUCGGCCCAGCUAGAGACACACAUGGCCAAAACACACACACACACACACACACACACACACACACACACACACACACACACACACACACACACACACACACACACACAAUGUCAGUACAUUCCAUUGGUUUAUGCAGUGAAGCUGUUUACAGUUUACAAACACACACAAAAACACACACACAUACAACCGCGUGAUUAGAAACUCGUAUGAGCGAACAAACUGAGUGAGGUGAGGGCGAGAGCUGCACCAGCUGCUCCUGAGCUCGGUGAGUCAGGUUACAUGAGCUCAGUCUGUUUGCAGGAUUGUUACUGAACAUGUAAAACUUCUGAUUUUGUAACAACUGAGAUGGUGUUCGGGACGCGUAGCCCGCCGAAGACACGCAGCGAAUGUUAUUCUGGUCUGCAGCAUCUGAUUCAGCUUCACAUGUCAGUAACUACUCACAUAGAUUAACACCCAAAUGAGUACAUGGAGACAGUUUAAGAGCUAUGAAACUUCAAUUGAAUUCAUAAUAAAGGGAUACAAAACAGACUAGUUCUUAUGUAGGAUUAUUAAUGAAUAUUUAAAAUUCUGGACUAACUUUUUGUAGUCAGUGACCACAAAGCAAACAGUUUGCUAGUCUGGAAGAACCAAGUGACAGCUGAUUGGCUAACGGUGAAUAUCAGCUUAAACAUAAAAAUAAAAUAAUAAAGCUUAUUAAUACUAAUUCUGAUAAAGGAUCCAUUCUCUGUGCAUUUUAGCUAAUACAGUUUGAGCUUCUGAUGUCCUCUCCGUACCCUUCAUGACGAGUUCUGACACCUCAGCAUAUCUCAAACUAGAAAGUCACCUGAGCGGCUGCAGGUGGAGCUCCCUCUGAGGUUCUUUGGCUCUAACUGACAUACAUCUCUGGAUUUAUCUGGACUUCACCAGGUUUGUAGUGACCAUGUUGUGGUUUGUUUACACGAUGGAAAGCUUUGUAAUUGGGCAGAAACAAUUUACUGUUUACUAAAAUCUUUCCUGAUUUGAUGAAUGUAAUUGCGAAUUAAGCCGGGACUCGCUGAGAUGGCCUUAAAGUGAAACCAGUCUCAGUCUCAUAAGGAAAUGAGUUUCAUGGCUCAGAGUGUUGCGUCUGAUUCUUGGUUGCUCCAUCUGUCCACCAGGACAAAGCUGCUCUUUGACUUUUUACCUUAGAGUGGUGUUUGCACAUGACGCAGUAAAGUUAGACUUUAAAUAGAAACUUAGAGAAGCUGGUGCAGCUCAGCCCAGGAGACGGAGAUGAUUUAUGGGAGAGCGUCACAAAGAAAAAGCAAAAAUCUGGGAGUUUUUCAUCUUUCAUCUUGGACCAAAUCACUUUAUUUCAUCGUAAACAAACAUUUCAGUCUCUUUUUGUUUCCUUAGCAUAUUUAUAUGUCGAUUUUUUAUAUUUAUGUGUUUUUGUUACCAACUUAUGUAUCUGAGUUUGCAUGCAUGCAUCAUGGAACGGUUUUUACUAUUUAUAGAUGCAUGCCAGCUUCCAGGCAUUUCUAAAGCAUUUCAUUGAUAUUUGAGUUAAAGAGCGAGACUGUUACGCUCUGUGUGUGUGUGUGUGUGUGUGUGUGUGUGUGUGUGCGUGCGUGCGUGCGUGCGUGCGUGCGUGCGUGCGUGCGUGCGUGUGUGUGUGCAUGUGUGUGUGUGCUUGCUCUCCAUCCCUGCCCUUUGACCUGCAGAGAGGGGAGCUCUGUUGCCUUAGGAGAGUCCAGAUGAACCUCCUCUCCUCCCUCUUCCUGUCAGUCAUCUCUCCUCAGACGCAGCUUCAUGUGUAAAAGUUUUCAGCGUUGCAGUUUCUGCAAACGUCCAUUAAACCCUGUAAACGGCCAGCAGACGGCACAGUUCACUGCUUCAGAUGUUUCAGGGCUGCCUUUGAAUAUGAUUGGAAAAAUUCCUAUGCAUACACACACACACACACACACACACAUACUGAUGAACACAUGAAGUGGAGGCCCACAUGGCGGGUCCUCUGUAGCAAAACGGACCCUCUGACGGAGCGAGGGAGGAGGCGGAGGAGAAAGAGGAUCAGAUGUAAUCGCUCCCUGAAUGUAAAUAGAACCUUGAGAUUGUCAGUUUUUUUAUUUCCAUUGCUUCUUCUCUAAAAUCACUGAAUUGCAGUUUGUCUUUUUAUCUUUUGCUCUGUUUGAUUUUGUACUUGUAUUUUGUAUCAACACCCUCCCCUCCAUCGUCUAAUCUUAGGUUUUCCUUUCGUGUCGCUCAGUAGCCUCGAGACAUUUAGAGAAGAUUAGAACCGUAGAGAGAAAAACACUCCCCUUCAUUCAUUCAGUUUCUUUAUAGCGCGUAGCAAUGCAGCAAAUAAUACUGAUUAUUAAAAAGCUAUGUCAUAAAUGUUUCUACAGCUCGCUGAGCUGUUUAAUGGCAGCGGGUGAGAUGAUGUUCUCUGGAUGGACCCGCACCGGAAACAGUUUUAUAGCUCAGAGGGUUUAUUUCGUUGCCUUGGACACGCUGCACUGAUGCCGAUGCGGAUCAAAAAAAAUCAAUCCGAUGAAAAUAUGUGUCGCAGGAUUACACACAGGGAGCCCCGUGUUCCCACCCACAGCUGACGCUUAUUCUUACAGUCUGUCGAGCAGAGAGACAAACCCGACGAAGCGAUUCACGCAAACCAAGCAGAAAAGACCAAAACCAACAACCACUUACUGUAGACAUAAAACUUUAAACGACCUUCCAAGAUGAUAGUUUCCCAUAAAAACAAAGUUCAUUAUUAUCCAGCAAAUAAAUUCUCAUUAUAGUUGAAUUCGUAUUUUGCGCUGUAGUGAGUGUUUGUGACUGCAGGAGGGUGAAUGGGUUUUCCCUCCAUCUGUGGCUCUGAGGUAUAAACUGGUCCCACACCAUCAAACACGAUAUUAUUCCUACUUUUAUUUUCACUUGCUCAUUAGGCCACAAAUGAAUUCAAACAGGCAGGAGUAGUGCAUUUGUUGGGAAGCAGGGAAUUACAUCACUGGUUCUCUACUGUGUGUCUGUGUGACCAUAACCUACAUCUAAAGGAUGGAUGUAGUUUUUGGGCCUCAAAAAGGUGAAGUCAACCUAGAAGUGCCUCAAACCUGCAUUCUUUCCAAAGCCCAGCAGGGGGCGACUCCUCUGGCUGUAUAGAAGUCUGUGACUCAGUGACAGGCCUGUCCUACAUUUUAGGACAGGGCGUCUUGUCCCCUCAAUGCUCACUUCAGGGGUCAAAAAACCAAUCCUACUACAGAAAACUAGAUUUUUGACAGUUUCCAGACAAAAAGUGAGCCCACAUCCAGCACUGGUUUUGGUCUUUUCAGUGGAUUUUCCUGCAAAAGAAAAACUACAAGCGAGCUAGAGAAAACUAGAGUGAACUCAUGGACAGGGAACUGCGUAUCUCGAGCUGAAUAAUCACUGCUGAUUGUGAAAUAACAGCAGCGAGCAAACGCUCGUCUUCCUUCAUGUACAAUAAUCCAAAGUCCGACCUCAUCUUGUUGCCUUGAUGGACGUCUCCCCGCCCUCGACCCCACUCCCGUCCGUCUGUCUCUCUGCUCUGACUCUGCUGUACAGCCCUGUCUGCCUGUUUUUGUCACAGCCUUUUUUAUACGUACAUGGGGAAAAAACAACAAUAUUAAAAAACACUUAAAAACGACAAAAAUGUAGUUAUGCAUAAUAAUUCUGCUUACAAUAACAACAGUGCUGUAAUCUAAUCAGCCACGAUGAUGACGUCAGUGUCAUCCUCAUGUGGUCAGUAACACAAUGAACCAGUAUCACAGGAUCAAGCAGGGAGGUGAAAGUGGGAGGAUGGGAGAAGAGGAGUCACACAUAUGUAUACAGGGGCGGUGCGUGGGGUGGGAGGGGGUUACUGCAAUACUGAGGUGUGCUGAUGUUGUAACUGCUUGUUGCGUUGUGCGCUGAGCUGUAUCUGAUGAACUAACCCAGCUGUCAACUAAUAAACACGGACUACGCAUAUCCUUAA